AUGCUUAAUGGGUGGUGGAAAGCAGAGUCACUUGAUGACCACGAUCCCGAAGAUUUAGAAGACGAUGUUUUGGAGGCUAUACGUCUGGAGCUCAACAGUUACGAUCCUAUCGAAGGAUAUACCGUGAAGAACGUUGGGUGGAUGAAAGUUGCUUUCUGUCGCGCCGGGCUGGAGGGAUUUUCUACAAUGGGCGAGCAUGGUGAAUGGGAUAGAUAUUACGUGCGUCCUUCUGAAAUUUGUCACUACUUGUAG